CACACACCCCACUUCCCAAAGGUAUAAUUCCUCAUUUCACCUGCAAGAAACGAGAAGCACUUCGUCGCUUUAUCGCUACAGCGGUUGCAGCCUGGGCCCUGACGGGGGUUUGUUAAUUUCUUCCCGUGUUAAUCAUCUACCUGCCUCUCCUGAACAGGUUUCCUGAAUCAAGUGAGUCAUACAAAUGAUGGAUUUUAAAAAAAACAGAGCAGAUACGUUCCAACACACACACACACACAGUUUAGCCCCCCACUUUUGCCUCGGUUACCCCCAUGUGCAAGCCCCUCCCAGAAAUUACACAUUUAUGCCUGGAAAAAAGAGCCAUCAACGUGGAAGCAAAGUGACAAUCAUUGUGUCCAUUUCUGUUUGUAUUGCCUCUCUCUCUCUCUCUCUCUCUCUCUCUCUCUGGUACUUCCUCCACAUUUAUAGCCAUGACAUGUCAAAGCCUUUCACUGGUGAGCAAGCAAAGCGUGUACUUUCUCCCUCCGCGGUCCCUCCCCAGAGGGAAGGAAAGGGAAGGCCAAUGCCAGCCAUCCCAAACUGGGCGUUUCCACUUUCCGAGGGCAGCGCCCAACCUGGAGACUGCAGAACAGCCUCACUCCAGCCUUUUCGCUCUCUGCUCAGCGGCUCUCCUCCUCUGGACCCUGAUCCAGCCCGCCAGCUUCUCGUCUUGGGAGCGCCAUGGAGCUCAAAUUCGGCUCCCUGAUCUCUCCGCUGGGGAUUGCCCGGUUGUUUCAGAUCCUCUUCUCCUGCACGGCGUUCAGCCUCGUGGCAGCCCAUGAGAGCUACCACAACUCGUACGGCGCUUGGUCCAUGUUCACGUGGUGCCUCUGCUUCGCCGUUUCGAUCGUCGUGGUGGUGGUGGAGCUCAUCGGCGUGGCUGAAUCGCUGCCCCUGUCUUGGCAAGACUUCACCUCGGCCUUCUCCAUGCUGGCGGCUCUCAUGAUCUUCACCACGUCCAUCGUCUACCCGUCCGUCUUCAUACCAGGGCGCUGCAAGAGUGACGGGUGCAGCUACGAGGCCGCGGCCACGGCCAUGUCUUGCUUUUGCUUUGUCGCCUACGCUGUGGAAGUGGGCUUGACCCGGGCCAAGGAAGGAGAAGUCAGCAGCUUCUUGGCCUCCGUUCCUGGCCUCCUGAAAGUCUUUGAGGCCUACGUGGCUUGCCUUAUCUUCUCCUUGGUGGACUACACAAAGUCCUAUACCCGUCAUGCUGGCCUGCAGUGGUGCCUGGCUGUGUACUGCAUCUGCUUCAUCAUCACCUUGCUCAUCAUCAUCCUCACCGUCGGACGUUGUCUCGCCGCCUUGCCCAUCCCCUUGGACAAGACCUUAGUGGGCUACAACCUCUUGGCUGUCCUCAUGUACGUGACGGCGGCCAUCGUAUGGCCCAUAUAUAGCUUCAGAAACUUCUCGAGACCUUCUCCGUGUAACGCAAACACGUGUGCUGAGUGGAACAACCGACUUGGGGUGACCUUCCUCACGUUCUUCAACCUCAUCGCCUAUAUCGUGGACCUGGUCUAUUCCUCCAAGAUGGUUUUUGUGACCACGCCGGCUUAACUCUUUCAUGCCUAGAACUGAUGAUGUCUUUCAGGACUCCGGAAACAACCAGGAUGUGUGGACCAACCCCCCCUCCUUGCUUCAGCCGGUUGGGAUUCCCUGUAUUUUGUAUUAUGGGUUUCAUUUCUUCAGCGGUUUUGCUUUUGGACACUUUCACGUAAGCAUUUGCUCCUCACCUAAGGAUGAUGCUUUGCGAACGGACCCUGUUUCCUGAGGCAGACGGCCCUUCCUUCUCUCCCGGCCCCCUCAUCCCCAGAUCUCUGCACGCAGCCCUUGGGAAUGGUGCUAUAAGUUGUAUUCCCAGGUUUGGAUAAGAAACCAGGAAGCUCCGGGAACAACCCGUUCUCUGUCGAUUCGGUGUCACCUGAAGUUGCUUUUUUUAAAAUGGCGGCUCUCCAGAAGAGGCCGUGAACCAGUUCAAGGUGCGGAAUGGAAAAGGACUUUAAGACUGAACCCCAUUACUGUCGAACACGGGACCCAGCAGGUAGAGAAUAAACAAAAAAAA